CAAUUUUUCUUGCAGGUCUUAACUUCCUUGUUCAAAAUUCUCCUGAAUAUUUGUAUUGAGCUUCUUUGUCUUGAAAAAUAUUUUCUCAAAGCAACUUGCCUGGAGCAUAUUGGCUUAUCUGAGGAGGAUACUUUGACAUUUUACCUAGCAAAGUACCAGUAUGGAUAAGAAUCAGAAGGAAAACAAGGAAAAUAUAGAUUGUGAUGAGAGACCAUUGGAGGAUGCAGGGAAUGGGAAGGAUGCAGUGAAAUCAAACUCAAAUGGCUCACUUCAAAGCCCCAGAGCAGGAGUGGAUGUAGAGAAAAGGAAACGUACUUUUUCCAGUGAAUCAGAUGGCUGGAGCGUCUGGGGAGGCCUUCCUGUGUCUGCAUCCCCACCAAAAUUUGUGAGCUUGGAAGAGAUUAUGGCUGCAGCUGAUGGCCUUACCAAUAUGGCUCUGGCUCAUGAAAUUGCUGUGGAUCACCAGUUCAAGUUGGAGCUGGGAACCACUAAGGAAGAUAAGAAUGUACUGCCAAUUGAUAACCUUGAAAAGUUUGCUAAACUGAGGAUGUUUCAAAUGAAUUGCCUGAUCACUGCAUGUUCCAGCCUGUAUGACCGGGUGAAGAAUGCCAUGCAUCAGGCAUUCUGGGAUGUUCUUAGGGAGGAGCUUUCUGAGGAUCCUCCCUCCUACAAUAGAGCUCUGAUCCUUAUGGAAGAAAUCAAAGAGAGUCUGAUCUCCUGCCUGCUGCCACACCAGUCCAGAUUGAAAGCAGAGGUCCAUGCUCAUUUGGAUAUAGAGCUGAUCAAGCAACAGGCAGAAGCUGAAGCCUUAGACCUAUUCUCAUAUCUUCAUUAUGUUGUAUCCAUGAUGGCCAGGCUUUGUGCUCCAGCCAGAGAUGAUGAUGUAGCAAGGCUGAAGGAAGAGAAGGAUAUUGUGGAACUCUUCCGAGGGAUCAUGGAGACACUGAAGGUGAUGCGGAUUGACCUGGCAAAUUUUGCCAUUCAUCAGAUUCGCCCAUACAUCCAGGCUCAGAGUGUGGAAUAUGAAAGGAAGAAGUUCAAUGAAUUUCUGGAAGCUGUACCCUGUGCCUUGAACAAGACGAAGGCUUGGCUGGGUGAUCACUGUGUUGAUGAACAGAACUGGACAUCAAACACAUCUGGAAAUGAGAAGCGAGCUGUUGUGACACGUGUAAUCAACAAAGCCUUCAUGGCAAUCUUGACCUGGGAGGAAGAAAAACCUUGCCCCGAGACUCUUGCCCUGGAUGAACAUCGCUUUUGGCAUUUGAGGGACAGUGUAAUUCGACUUUCUGUCUUGGCUGCCAUGCUUUUGGUCACUUGCAGUGGCUUGGCAGCUUCACUUGAACACUCUUUGAGUGGCUUCCGAGAGCGCUUGAAGGGGAAACUCAAGACUCUUCUCCUGCCAUUUUAUCCUGAUGGCCUUGGUCAGAGUGAUGAAGAUGAGGACGAGACAGUAAAGGGGGCAGUUGAGGUUGUCAUCAAGGAAGUUGGUGAGGGAUUAAAAGAGUGUGGACAGAGCCCAUUGAGUGAGAGCCAAAUCACUGCACUUCGACAGCAGCUCCAAGAAAUCACAUCCCCUGAUCAUAGGGUCCGCCAACUUGCAAAGCGACGUGUCCUAGAAUUCAUCAGCAGCACAUUGUCAGCACCUAGUUCCAGCACUCUUCAGGUUCCAAGCGGUCUCACUGCAGUGCAGACAGAACUGGGGCAGUUGACUGCCUCUUUCCUUCGACUUACCAAUCACAAUCGAUUGGUCUUUGUCGAUCACUAUGCAGACAUUAUUGAACAGCAUCUUUUGAAAGCUACAGCAUCCAAAGAUGAAUAA